UUAGGUUAUUGACUUUAUGUAGUUUAAGUCCCUCAUAACUUUGUCGGGCUGUUAUAAAAAAGCUCUAAUUGGAAUUUAAAGGAAUUAUGUUGGGGAUGGGAAAACGGGCCCAUUACAGCAGGCCUGAAAAAGCACCAGGAGCAUUAAGGUGAUUCCUUGAAUGUGUUUGACAUUUCAAAAUCGUGUAGGAAAUUCAGAAGUAGUCGCAUGUGUGUACUGACAACUGUGUUCGUAUACUUCAUUUUGUUCUAACCAACAGGUCAUUUGUGGCUAGUGAUGUAUAUGUAGCUGUUUUACUAAUAUCACUCUAUUAGUGUCAGUCCCUUACACCUUUAGCAUCUUAAAAGCAAAAUAACGUAGCUUUGUCCGGUCCUUUCCAACUAAUAUUCCCAUCUACAUUAGCUAGUGCCACUGAUUUCCUACCCACACCUCCUGUAUUCCAUCUAAUAAUAAUAAUACUCUAAUGAUAAAUAUUUGUAUGAAUUUUGAUUGCUGUGUCUUAAUUACUUUCCACCACUUGGCAAAUGAAAUGCGUUUCCAAUGAAGAUACGGUUCUGUUUAUUUGAGCUAUAUCUUGAGUGGCGAAAAAAGGCGAAGUGCUUUUUUUCUGGUUCUGUUUGACUAAUAAGUAAGUACUGCAGAUUGGAAACUGGUCAUUUUCUCCUGCUUUUCAAGUCUCUCACAUCAAAAGCAGGAGAAGCUACGUCACGUGCUGCACAAUAUGCGGUGUUGGAUCCUUUAACGAGACUGAGUUCUAGAUGAAUGUGUCUUUGUAAUCUGAGAGAAUCUAGGCCACCACAGCUAUUGUCUGUUGCCUUGCGAUAACCAAGUCAAGCUGUUGUGUUUCCAAAUUAGUAUUUCAGUCAUGCAGACCGACACUGAAAGUUUAAAAUGGAUCUCUCCGUCUUUAAUGAACAUUUGGAUCAAGUGUUGUGUCGGUUUGGGCCAAGUCCUUAUAGUAUAAUUUGAGUAUCAUUCAUGUUGUGAACCGAUGUUCCCUCGGUAAGGCCACAGCUUAAAGACUGAUUUCAUUAUCAAUGAAUCUGCUAAUUUCUUUGUUAAUUGUUUGGUCUAUAAAAUAUCCAAAAGUAAAUGUCCUGGAGCAGAAGGUUCGCAUCAGUAAAUGUCCCCAAAGUCAUUUCAGUAAACCUCUUUUCAAGGGUUUAUUUGGUUUUAGCAGCUUAUGGUCAGACACUGUGAGCUUAUAACUGGCUGGGACUGAUGUGGCCUGCAUAGCAGAGACAUUUAAAUUCACAUCUGACAGGGGAACUUUAUUGAUGCAGCUUCUAAAGACAAAUGUAAAUGAGUCGAGUUUUUAGACAAAUGAACAUAUGAUCAAAUCAAUAUGCAUGAUAUUAUCACAAGCUGUUUUAAUUUGUCAAAUCUGCCUUUUCGCUGCUUGUUAUCACAAACUCUCUUUUUCUUUUCCCUUGCUGCUUCUUCAUUUGGGUCAUAUCAAUUCCCUUCCGUGGGUUUUUCAAAAUACUUGCUCCAAUAUUCUCUCAUUCAUACAUGCACUUUACAUUGUUCAAAACUUUCACAUUGCUCAAACCUUCCCUAUACAUUUCCUUCUUUGCCCCUUUCCGCAUCACCACCUGCUUUUCUCUUCCAUUUGCCCCUCUGCUGCGUGGCCUAGAUGUGUACACCCAGGCAGGGCCGAGCCCUUGGAUCUCCAUCUGGGGAUGUUCCUGCCCACACUGCUCAACCAGGCUACCCCAGAGCAAAUGGACCGUUUCUUCAUGCCUGCCUGGAACCUAGAGAUCAUCGGCACCUACGCACAGACAGAGAUGGGCCACGGCACACACCUCCGCGGGCUAGAGACCACAGCCACGUACGACCCAGCUACGCAGGAGUUUGUGUUGAACAGUCCCACAGUCAGCUCCAUCAAAUGGUGGCCUGGAGGACUUGGUAAGACUUCAAACCAUGCUAUAGUUCUAGCCCAGCUUUAUACUCUGGGAAACUGCCACGGUCUUCAUGCUUUCAUCGUACCCAUCCGUGACAUGAACACACACGUACCACUGCCAGGUAUUGUGGUUGGAGAUAUCGGUCCCAAGUUUGGCUUCAGUGAAGUUGACAACGGAUUCCUGAAACUGGAGAACGUGCGACUCCCACGAGAGAACAUGCUGAUGAAAUACGCAAAGGUGGAGCCAGAUGGGACCUAUGUGAAGCCCCCCAGUGCCAAGCUGACCUACGGCACCAUGGUGUUCAUCCGCUCCUUAAUCGUAGGCGAGUCCGCUCGGUCCCUCUCCAAAGCCUCCACCAUCGCCAUCCGCUACAGCUCUGUCCGACACCAGUCUGAGAUCCGGGCCGGAGAGCCAGAGCCUCAGAUCCUGGAUUACCAGACGCAGCAGUACAAGCUGUUUCCUCUGCUGGCCACGGCCUAUGCCUUCACUUUUGUCGGACAGUACAUGAGAGAGACCUACCAUCGCAUCAGUGGAGACAUCAGCGAUGGGGACUUCAGUGAACUGCCUGAGCUCCAUGCCCUGUGUGCCGGGCUGAAGGCCUUCACUACGUGGACCGCCAACGCUGGCAUCGAGGUUUGCCGCAUGUCAUGUGGCGGCCACGGCUACUCCCGCAGCAGCGCCUUGCCGGACAUUUACGUGGAGUUCACUCCUGCCUGCACCUACGAGGGAGAGAACACAGUCAUGAUGCUGCAGACGGCAAGAUACCUGGUGAAGAGCUACCGACAUGCUAAGGAAGGACAGCAGCUGAGCGGCACCGUGUCAUACCUGAAUGACGCAAACCUUCAGAGGGUGCAGCCUCAGCCUGUCGCUGCCAGACCAACCGUAGUGGACAUAAACGACCUGGCCAGCCUGGUGGAGGUCUACAAACAGAGAGCUGCCAUUCUAGUUGAGCUGGCAGCUAAGAGCAUCCAGCAGGAGUUGCAGCGCAGGAAGUGCCAGGAGGACGCCUGGAACAACAGUUCCAUUGACCUGGUCAGAGCUUCAGAUGCCCACUGUCACUAUGUCGUAGUGAAGCUCUUUACUGACAAGCUGGGGGAGAUUGGUGACACAGCGAUACACUCAGUGCUGUCCACCCUGGCUCUGCUGUACGCCCUGCAUGGCAUCAAAAACAACUCUGGAGACUUCCUACAGGCUGGACUGCUGAGUGUACCCCAGGUUCUGCAAAUUUCUGUUCGUGUCAAGGAGCUGCUGUCUCAGCUGAGGCCCAACGCUGUGGCACUGGUGGACUCCUUUGACAUCAACGACAAGAUUCUGAAUUCAGUCCUGGGAAGAUAUGAUGGGAACGUCUAUGAGCACUUGUUCGACUGGGCUCGUCGCUCGCCACUGAACGCCACUGAGGUCCAUGAGUCGUUCCACAAAUACCUGAAACCCCUGCGUUCCCAAUUGUGAGCAAUGUGGUUCCUGGCUGCGGCCCUUCAACUCCACGGAUAGAGGCCCAACCUUAACCACAAAAAAGCCCAUCAUAUCAACCCUGUGAUGGCCAUAAUUUUCCAUUUGCCGGUAAUUACCAAUCUGAAGGAAUUUAGCAUUCCCUUCUCCAAUCUAUCGGUCUCUUUGAUAAUGGGGGAAAUUAAAAACGUUUUUAGUUACAAUGGAGAAUGGAAGGAAAACAGGUCAUCUCUAAUAAAGAUCCAAAACAAUAGCUUUAAUAAUACUGAAUACAAUCACGUUUUUGUAGUUUUAGAAGUUUUCUGCAGAGACAUUCCAAUAUGAAGUUUCUUUCUUUUUAAUUCAUUUUGUUUCAUCUUUUCUUCGCUUUCUGCCAUGUGCCUGAUGGCUCCUCUGUGAGAGCCUGCCAAGAUGGAAAUGCCACCGCUCACUUUCUCUCUUAACAAGAACAGAAUGUUAUGAAUGUUACGUAAUGUUAGAGCGUUUUAGGAUGGGAAGAGACCAACUGCAAAAUCAGUUUUUGUUGUUUCCCCUGACAACGAGGACCGUAUUUGCAAUGACAUGUUAUUUAUUCAUUCAUUGUUAUAACGAGACAUUCGUAUAUCCAUCACAUUUAUCCUUUGCUUUAAACUUCUCUUCUUCACAAAUCUGUGGCGACAAAACACGAUGGAGUAAUAUGACUGACCUAAACGACAGCCAUAAUUUAGUCUGCACUUUAUAAAAACCCCAGCAAAUUACAGCAGAGGUGCCAGUAAAGAUAUACAAAUAGUCCGGUGUAAAAUACUGUUACAAAACCAUUUCUAUCAAGCUUCUGCAUAUACAUAAAGUUCAACUGUGCUUAAGAGGAGCAGAAAUUUGAAUUACUAUGCCUUUUUAAAAGUCACUGUUUUACACAAUUAAAUGGAACCUCAGAGCCUUAAUCGGAUGCUUUACCCAAUUUUCAUGCAUUUCAUGUCAAGUAGCCUUUAAUUCCUUUUGUAGAAAUAAUUCACUGUGAUCAGAUAAAAUUCACGUCUGUCAUAAUUGUCUUCAUUGCCUUUACCCCAACACUUGUCACAUCUCUUUAUGCUGUUAUGUACCUUUACUCCUGAGCUGAGCUCAAUAGCGUGCUGCAGGAAUGAGUUAGCAUUGUUCCGCUUCUGGUUCCCUUUUUAUGGAACUCAAUGGGUUUUGAAUGUCUGAAAAGAAAAGUCUGUGGUUCACAUAAGCUUUAGAGUCUUUAACCGCUUGCCUUAUGACAUUAAAAAAAAAAACAUUUGUGUGGGAAACCAGGGCGAUACUGUCUUCCGUGGUUGGCCUUCAAACAUAUGUCAUCCCUGCAGCACUUUAUAGAGCGAAGAGAAACCCAUUGAAGAGUCAGUGUAUGUGAGACAGGGUUGGGAUUUACUCAGACUUUCUGGAAAUAAACCACUUAGGGGUGAUUUGUUCGAAAUUCCUCUAUUUCUGAGCAUUGGCGGUGCUCUCUGUGAUGGCCAUGUGUUUGAUCAUUAGAAUGAAUGAAUCUAUGGUACAUGCUUCUGGAUGUGUUAGGGGGACGGAAGGCAUUCUGCAGAUAAUGGUCAGGUAAUGCAUGGUGUAAAAGCACCUUUGAGGGCAGGUACUUUAAUUGUAUUGAAUGUUUGAUGAAGCAUCGUGUGCACUGUAUAUGUGAAUAAAAAGGGUCCCGCCCUGCUGUGUGGGGUUAAUCACACUAUAAAGAAAGCAAAAACUACAACAUUUAGAGUAACAGCCUAUUAUUAUUUGACUUGACCAGAAUAAAUGUAUACUAUUUCUUAGAAUUGGUGAAUUUAUCUCAACCUGCAGUAGAUUAUUUUUGUGAUGGAGGAAUCAAAUACAGCAGUAUAAAUUGUGGAUACUAAGGCUGUGGAAUAACUUAUAGGGACUGUAUUGAGGCGAUGAGGAAAAGGAUAGUUGUAAUCAAAAGCCUGACUGAAGUGUAAAGAUGAUUUGUGAGUUAAUUAUGUGCCUGAGGAAGUUAUAUUUUCCUAAUGUUGUAAAUUGAGCGUGUUCUCACAAGAGUCAUAGUAUUUCCAUUCUGUAUCGGUAAGUCUUUUAAUCCGUUAACUAUUGCUGUAAGGAAAAGAUUAUCAAUUUGUAACGACUUAGCUCUUAAGCAUUUUUUUGUGAUGAUUUAUUGCCUAACAAUGAUAUUAAACCAUAUGAUUUUAAUGGUUGGUACAUCAUUUUACUUGUAAGUUGUAUUAAUAAAACACUAAGUAAUCAAUGUG